CAAAAACAUUUUCCUUCACACACAACACAAUGAAACCCUUUACUAUUUUUCUCAUCAUCUUUUUCCUAAUCACCAUCUCACUAAUUUCUUCUUCUGCAACCAGAUCACAACCAAAGGAUCAUCAUGAUACCACCAGCAAAGGCGGCGGCGGCGGUGGUGGCGGUGGAGGUGGAGGUGGUGGAGGGUUCUUUGGACCCGGAAAUGGUUUCAAUAUACCCGGGUUCGGUAACGGGUGGGGAAGUGGCGGGGCGGGUGGUGGUGGUGGUGGUGGGUAUGGAGCUGGGUAUGGUGGGCCAAGUGGAGGAGGAGGGUACUCGAAAGGUGGGAUUGUGAGGACGACCCUUGAAUGCAAGGAGAAGGGACCUUGUUUUAAGAAGAAGCUGACGUGUCCGGCCAAGUGUUUCUAUUCUUAUAGCCAUUCCGGCAAGAAUGGCGGCGGCGGUGGCGGCGGAGGCGGUUGCACGAUUGACUGCACCAAAACUUGUACUGCUUAUUGCUAGCUAAUUAAAUCAAUGUGGACUAGCUACUACUUAUCAUAAUUAAGCAAUAUGUUGCUUAUUACCACUAUGUUUUUUAUAAUUAAGUCAUGUAGAAUGGUUUUAAGUAAUAUCUGAUC